CUAGUGGGUGUUUUGACCGUUGAUAUCUCGAAACACUUCCGAACCAAACACAAUUUGCUUUUCUCUGGGUAUGCCUAUGUUUCGGUUUUUCAAGAGAAGGGAUGGUUAUGCAGAAAAGGUUGAAUUUCAGCAUGAUGACAGUUUUCGUGUCUUCAAAUCGAGAGAGCUAAUCGUCGCCACUGAUAAAUUCAGUCCAGGACGUGUAUUAGGCGAAGGAGGACGAGUGUAUAAGGGUAUUCUCAAAGACGGACAGGAAGUUGCCGUGAAAAGGUUUGAAGAGCAGGAAGAUUUGUGGGCGGAGGUUCGAAUGCUCAACUGCGUAGAACAUCCUAACAUUGUCAAGAUGAUUGGUUACUGUGAUAAAGAGAAAGAUCAUAUUAUAGUAUAUGAAUUCGUGCCAUUACGUUCGUUGGAUCUUCAUUUGCACGACCUUAAACCCGGAAAAACGCCUCUUGACUGGAAGACUAGGAUGAAGAUAGCAAUGGGUGUGGCCAAGGCUUUAGAGUAUCUGCAUGAUCAAAAGGAUCCUCCUGUAAUCUACAGUGGCUUGAAAAGAUCCAGUAUUUUACUCGAUGAAAAUUAUGAUCCAAAGCUGUCAGAUUUCGGUUGUGCAGAACAUGGUCCUACCCUGAAUCACACCGCGGCCAAUAGAAAGUUUUCAUUGUGCUAUCUUGGUCCAGAGUAUCCUAUGACUGGCUAUCUCAGUUUGAAAUCUGAUGUCUAUAGUUUUGGUGUUGUUUUGCUUGAGUUGAUCUCUGGGAAGAAGGCAAUUAAUGGAUACAAUAACGUUGUUUUAUGGGCACGGCCAUUACUUAAUCACAGAAAGAAGUUCCCCGAAAUUGCUGACCCACUCAUGGAAGGAAAGUAUCCACAUCGGGGACUUGUCCAAGCUCUCAAUCUUGCGAAAUGGUGUUUACAAGAAGACUUUCGCAAAAGACCUCUUACAGAAGAAGUUGUGAUGUUUCUAACAAAUUUAGCCCCCCUCUCCCAAAUAAGCGAAGCAGCAUAGGGUACAACAGUAGCUUAUCCAUUUACUCCGUCAAGAGCACAAGCGGUUGCAUAAGUAAAAUCAUGGUUGAGAGGUCUAGUAAAGUUACAGUUGUUCUGAAAUUUGUACCUUAGUACCACACAGUGUGGAACUUGUUAGCUGUUCUUCUGAAAUUUGUAUGUAGGUGUGACUAAUGUGAAGGGCAGUAGACAUUACGAGUAGCGAUCUCUUAAAUGAAUAUAAAGAUUGAAA